AUGGCUUUUAAUCCGGCUCCCAAGCCCGUUCAGGAGAACCACCAUGUGGACUACGUCAUCCGCUUCAAUUACGGGGAUAUUGAUACCCCUCAAGCAAUCAAGAGAUUCGAGGUGCUUCUUCUGGAGCUGUCCGAGGUAGGAUUGCAGACAGAAGUUCGACAGGGGGACGAGAACUCCCUGUUUGUUUUUGUGCGGGCUGCUAGCAAGAAGAAACUGAAACGUGCAGUUUACCAGUCUCGUGUUCGAGACUGGCUGUAUGGCGUCCGGAAUACCGAACCCGAGCCGGCGAGCUCUGCGGAACCGCAGUCGGAAGCUGAGCGGCUUCGUGUUAUCUACCACUUGAUUACAGUUCCAAAGGCAGAGGGUGGUGCGGGCAUCACCCCCCGACAUGGAGAGUGGAAGAAUGUCAAUGCGAUCUUUCCGUUGCAUGACGAGGAGACCAACAGGCAGUGCAUGAGGGAGUGGAGCAAAAAAACGUUUCUGUCGACUGAGGAUCUGGAUCAGAUUCGCAAUACGUUUGGAGAAAAUGUUGGCUUUUACUUUGCCUUCUUGCAGUCGUAUUUUCGGUUCUUGAUGUUCCCCGCGGCAUUCGGUUUCUCGUGUUGGCUGCUGUUGGGCUCGUUCUCUAUAAUCUACACCGUGGUCAAUUGUCUCUGGUGCAUCGUCUUUAUUGAAUAUUGGAAGCGUCAGGAAGAGGAUCUCAGUUGUAGGUGGCAGACCAAGGGCGUUUCUGCGGUUCACGAAAAGAGAGCAGAGUUCAAGCCCGAAAAGGAAGUUCGUGAUGAAAGCACCGGCGAGGUUCGAGGAGUUUUUCCUGCUACAAAGCGGAUGUAUCGACAGCUCCUCCAAGUCCCAUUCGCAUUGCUUGCAGCCGUCGCCCUAGGUGCCAUCAUUGCUACCUGCUUUGCGAUUGAGAUUUUCAUUUCCGAGGUCUACAACGGUCCGCUCAAGUGUUAUCUGGUGUUCAUCCCUACUAUCUUGGUAUCUGCACUUGUACCGACAAUGAGUGCGGUCCUGCUGACUGUCGCGACCAAAUUGAAUGAUUAUGAGAAUCACGAGACUCAGGAUGCCUACAAGGUGGCAUUGACACAGAAAAUCUUCGUGGUCAACUUCAUCACCUCAUACCUCCCUAUCAUCCUGACAGCCUUCGUCUAUUUACCAUUCGCCAGCCGUAUCGUGCCUUAUCUCGAUGUAUUCCAUCUUACCGUUCGGCCGUUCGUGUCCAAAGAGCAUGCAACCAAGGCACGAACCGACUUCACCAUUAAUCCGGAUCGGCUGCGAAAGCAGGUCAUCUACUUUACCGUUACUGCCCAGAUUGUCGGUUUCGCGCUUGAAACCAUUGUUCCGUUUAUCAGGCAACGGGUAUUCCGCGAAUAUAAGGAAUAUACCAAGAAACAACAUGCCAAGGCAGAGCCAGGAAACAGUGCGGGAGAAAAGAAGACCGUCUCCCUCGGCGACGACGAAGAUGAGGCCAAAUUCCUCAAUCGGGUUCGCAACGAAGCAGAGUUGGAGGACUAUGAUGUCACCGAUGAUCUGCGGGAGAUGUGUAUCCAGUUCGGAUAUCUGGCUCUAUUCUCACCCGUGUGGCCACUUGUUCCCGUCUCCUUCUUGAUCAACAAUUGGGUCGAGCUGCGGUCUGAUUUCUUCAAGAUCUGCGUCGAGUGCAAGAGACCCUGGCCUCAGCGUGCGGAUACCAUUGGACCAUGGCUGGAUAGCUUAGGAUUCCUGUCCUGGGUGGGAAGCAUCACCAGCGCAGCCCUUGUCUAUAUGUUCAGUAACGGGCAUGAGGGCCCUAACGGCGAGCCGACGACAAUCCGGUGCUGGGCAUUGUUGCUGACGAUCUUCUUCUCCGAGCAUCUCUACCUGAUCGUGCGCUACGCCGUGCGCAGUGCCCUGGCUAAGCUGGAGCCUCCAAACACCCGCCGCGAACGGGCGGAGCGCUUCAUGAUGCGGAAGAGAUACCUUGACUCUGUGCUCAGUGCAGAGAGCGACGACGAUGCCGAUGAGGUCAAGGGUGCCGUAUCUUCCGUCCCACCUUCUGAGAUCACUCGCGAGUCCUUGGAACAGGACGCUAGAAACUGGUCUAAGCAGGGAACUGAUCCAACCGAGCGCUUCUGGAUGAGACAAAGAGGUUGGAAGGAGUCGGCCGAUGUUGGUUUGAGCCUCAUCACAAAAGCCAAGAGCCACGAAACCAAGAAGCAGCAGUAG